AUUAAACUAAUUGAAUGGGAAAAAAAUGCUAAUAAAGAAGCGCACUUUCGCAAAUAGGACCGCCACAGAAUCUCCCUCAACCACCGUUUUCCAUUUUCUCGUGAAAGAAAAACCCUUUUGUCUGCGUAAAAUUUCCGAGAAGAGGAGCUGAGGGAAGAAGAACAGCUUCAAAUCCAUCCGAUGGCCAACAGCAAUUUGCCGCGCAGAAUUAUCAAGGAGACGCAGCGCCUUCUGAGUGAACCAGGACUGGCUAGCUUCACUGAUGUAUUUUCCGCACCUACUCCAGGAAUUAGUGCAUCUCCAUCUGAAGACAAUAUGCGAUAUUUCAAUGUCAUGAUUCUUGGUCCAACGCAGUCUCCUUAUGAAGGAGGGGUUUUUAAGCUGGAGCUGUUCUUACCUGAGGAAUACCCCAUGGCUGCUCCGAAGGUUCGCUUCCUCACGAAAAUCUACCACCCUAACAUUGAUAAGCUUGGAAGGAUAUGCUUAGAUAUUCUCAAGGACAAAUGGAGUCCGGCCCUUCAGAUCAGAACUGUACUUUUGAGCAUACAAGCACUUUUGAGUGCUCCAAAUCCUGAUGACCCACUCUCUGAGAACAUUGCCAAGCAUUGGAAAUCGAAUGAGUCUGAAGCUGUUGAAACAGCUAAAGAGUGGACGCGUUUAUAUGCAAGUGGUGCUUGAAUGAAACAUGGAACCUGGGUUUUUAUUUUCCCCUAAUAACUAAAGUUGUAUUCUAUCAUCUGUCAAAGUAAAACAUGGAAAGAUUUGGAAGAAUGACCAACUGUUCUUAUUAUUGGACUGUCGUUGAAAAUGUGCAGAUGAUAUAAAGUCACUUCUAUUAUGCUAUGGCUUGUUAUCUGGAAGUCUCUGGAACUGUUUUUUUUACCUUUUAGUCAUUUGAAAUUAGCUAUUCCGUUUCAUCGUGUUUUUGUUAUGCAUAUUUUGUCAACAGAUGAUAUGUCUAUCUGUUGAAUCAAUACACAUCCGUGAUCCAAUGCUAAAGGUUGAUUAUUGCACUACAGUUAA